AUGACGACACGAUAUCGAGUAGAAUACGCUCUCAAGACCCAUCGCCGAGACCAAUUCAUAGAAUGGGUCAAGGCCCUCCUUGCCGUACCGUUUGUAAUCUACUCUCAACCCACCGGUGUAUACGACGCCGAAGGCCGAGAUGUCGACGGCAUGGCAGCCGAGGCGCAUCGGCGCUACGCCGAGAUUCUCAAGGACGUCGAGGAGAUGAUUAACGACCACAUCAAACACCAAAACGACAAACGCAAACUCCCCUCCAAACUAAAACUCCUCGUCCCCUCAGCGGGACCCUUCUUCACGAACCUGCCCCUCGAAGACGCCUUCACCUAUCAAGACUCCAAGCGCUACAUCUCCUCGCGCCGCUUCGUCGCCCCGUCCUUUAACGAUGUGCGCCUCAUUCUCAACUCGGCGCAAGUCAUGGCCGUGACGCGGAACCAUGGACUGCAGCUCGCUACGUUUGAUGGUGAUGUUACGCUUUAUGAUGAUGGGAUGAGUCUUGAGCCUUCUAGUCCCAUCAUCCCUCGACUCAUAGACCUCAUGCGCCGCGACAUAAUGAUCGGCAUCGUCACAGCAGCAGGCUACACUACCCCCGACCUCUACCACGCCCGCCUCCACGGCCUCCUCGACACCAUCGCCACCUCCCCCCUCCUCACCCCCUCCCAGCGCCGCAACCUCAUCAUCAUGGGUGGCGAAGCAAACUACCUCUUCGAAUUCUCCCCGGACGCCCCCCACCUCCUGCUCCCCGUGCCCCGCUCGAACUGGCUCACCUCCGAGAUGUCCACCUGGUCCGACCCGGCCAUCCAUUCCCUUCUCGACGUGGCGGAGUCGGCGCUGAGGGAUUGUAUCCGCACCUUAAACCUCCCCGCUACCGUUGUGCGAAAGGACCGCGCCGUGGGUAUCAUCCCCCGCGACCCCUCCGUCCGCCUCCCCCGCGAAACCCUCGAGGAAACCGUCCUCGUCGUCCAGAAAACCCUCGAAAUCAACGCCCUCCGAAACCCCGCCGACGCUCGCAUCCCCUUCUGCGCAUUCAACGGCGGCCGUGACGUCUUCGUUGACAUCGGCGAUAAAUCAUGGGGCGUGACCGUUUGCCAGAAUUACUUUGGCAAGCGACGCGCCGCCGCCGCCGCUGCUGCGGGUGAACGGAACGGCAACGACGCUUCUUCCUUCGUUAUCAGGGGGGAGAAUACCCUGCAUGUGGGCGAUCAGUUCCUGAGUGCCGGUUCGAACGAUUUUAAGGCGAGGAGCGUUUGUACGACGGCUUGGAUUGCGAGUCCCGGGGAGACGCUGGAGUUGUUGGAGGAGGUUGUUGAGGCUUUGGAGAAGGUUCCUGCUGCUGCAUGA